AUGUGGAACACUUCCAAUCAAUCCGAUGCUGGUGGCGAGUGGGCUGGCAAGGCGAAGGAGUAUACGGUCAACACGAUAUACUAUUCCAAGGGCAAUGUCCAUUUCAACACGUCCGACAAUGUGCUCUUUCCUUUUGACCUCGAUCGUCUUUCCAAAGUCAGCUCCUUUUUCCGAGACCUCGACGACAUCCCGCAGCCUUCCGGUAAAAAGAUCGGAGCUCACAUUCCCGGCCAAACCAUCAUCGAUAGACUCAACAACGAGCUAUCGCUCAACGAGCGAGCAGACAUCGACAUCCCCACGCAUAUGGAUGCUAUCAUCAUCUUUCCCGAGUGCGACGCAAAAGCUCUCCAGCCUUGGUUGAACCUCGUCUCUUUCGGGGGAGCAUACUUUACGGAUCAGGUCUGA